AUGGCGUCGUCAGCAGGAUUGAAGCCGCCAAAGCCGAUUGUGUUGGGAGACAACAUGGCAGCGCAAUGGAAAAGCUGGAUUCGGCAAUAUUCGUGGUUUGCAACGGCAACGCAGCUGUCGGAUAAACCGGCAGAAGUGCAGGCAGCUACUUUCAUGGGCGCCAUAGGAGAAGAUUUUGACCAGCUAGCGAUUAACCUACGACCUUCCAAAACUAAAUGGCUGAUUUCGUUUUCAAACCAUAAACUGAAAGUGCUCGGUGAAAUUAACCCAGUGUGCAAAAUCAAGCACAAAUCAAGCAGUGUAACGUUCAAAGUGGUUGAAGAAUCAGUAGUGCCACUGCUUGGAAGAGAAACUUGUAUUGCUCAACGGCUGAUAGCGCGAGUGGAUACUGUUCAAAUAUCGGACAAUAUAUUAUAUGAUGGACUUGGCUGUGUGCAGAAUUAUGUGUACGACAUAGACUUGAUCCCGAAUCCUCAGUGGGAAACAAGACCAGCGCGCCACGUUCCACACAGCAUCAGAACAGCAGUAAAAAAAGAGUUGGAUUCUAUGGAGCGGCUUGGAGUUAUAGAGAAGAUUCACGUACCGACACCGGUAGUUAGCGCAAUGGUGUUGGUCAAACGAAAGGAAAAGUUGCGCAUCUGCAUCGAUUCAUCACAGGGCAUUGGGCAUGAUAACAACCAGCACAGCGAUACGCAAAACUAUCAACGCAUCAACGCAUCAGACAAAGAAUUACUAGCCACAGCAAAAGUUCAAUUCGCCGGGCCACCCUCAUCAACCGACCAUCCGAUAGCUGCACUUUCUGCUCCAAAACUCAUCAACUUCAGGAAAGGAGAAACUAUCAAUAGCAUUACUUCACAGUCAGAACCGGAAAAUACUGCUCCGCUGCUAGGUCCUAUGCGUCCACCGAUUGUCAGACUAACGGAGCAAUCCGCUGCUGGUGACAAACGCUAUCUGAAUGCACGGCUGCGUGAUCACAAAAUUAUGGAUACGGUACGAACUUUCCUUGCUUUCCUGCAUGAUCAGCCAAUAACGGUAUGCAUUCGAGGAAUCACCAAAAUUAGUGCAUCGGUGAUGCUGGCAGCUGAAGGACUACCAACUGACUUAAAUCUGCUACGUGAAAUUUUCCUGGACGUACAUGAAGAACUGGGAAUAUCACGCGAUGACGCUUUAGCAGACCUGCAGUCUCAACGGACAUCGUUAUCCAUACUUAAGUACUACGAUGUGAAUGACCCAGUAACACUUUCAGUGGAUGCAAGUUCACAUGCUCUGGGUGCCGUUUUACCACAAGAUGGUCAUCCGAUAGCAUAUGCAUCCAAGGCGUUAACACCUUCCGAGAAGAAUUAUCCGCAAAUUGAGAAGGAGGUAACCGACAUACGGUUGCGUAGAAUCAGAUUAGAAGUGUCUCAGUAUAACCCCAAAGUUAUUUACGUUAAGGGAACAAACAUUCCGAUACCUGACAUAUUGAGCCGUGAUGUCGAUAACAUUCCAAACGAUAAUAAAGAAGAGCACUUAGAAGUACACGUUGUAUUGCAGAUGACCAAAACCGCUAGCAAGGAGCUAAGGCAACACUCCGAAGCAGAUUUAGAGAUACGAUCCUUGAAGGCAACUGUGAUGCAAGGCUGGCCGGAAACGAGAGAUGAAUUGCUACCGGAAUUGAAGAAGUAUUGGUGCUUUCGCGACGAGAUGGCGGUCAACGAUAUGCUGGUAUUCAAAUCGAAUCAAGUGCUCAUCCCACAAUCUUUGAGAAAGGACAUGCUAGCAAAAGUGCACAGUGGACACUCAGGGAUCCAGAGCUGCGAAACAAAUCUUAUUUUGGAUAGAGGAAAGGAGUACUUACUACUGAUUGACAGCCAUUCGGGUUAUUUCGACAUAAAACAGCUACCCGAAACCACAUCAAGGUACGUUAUCGAGCAGCUGAAAGAGUGGUUCUCGGUACAUGGUGUUCCUCAAGUUCUAGAGACUGAUAAUGGCCCUCAGAACGCUUGCAAGGAAUUUCGUGAAUUUUGUGGUAAAUGGGAAUUCGACCACCAAACAUCGAGUCCUCAUUUUCCUAGAGCAAAUGGAUUAGCAGAGCGAUACGUCCAAGUGGCCAAAGCAAUGUUGAAAAAAUAUAACGAGGAUCAAUCUGACGUACGUUUGGCUCUACUCCAUAUGCGCAACACACCUCGUAGUAGCUGCAUACCAUCUCCCAACGAAAGAUUAAUGGGACGGUUGGUACGAUCGAAUAUGCCCAUGACGUUGGAAGCUUUGAAACCUAGGGUAGCGAUAAAUUUUCAACAACUCCUAGAGCGAGAACGUGAAACUCAAAAGAACUACGCUGAUAGAGGAGCAAAGGAGCCGCCUCAGUUUGUCGAACAGGAGCAAAUACUCAUACAAGAUCGUGAUUCUCAAAAAUGA